CAUUGGUCAUGCUGGCAGGGGUUUCCUGGAGCUGAAGUCCCUAACUAUGGAAUUCACUACCAUGAGAUGUAGUGAUGGCACCAAUUUAGAUGGUUUUAAAAGGAGGUGACUUUAAGGAGAUGAAGGCUGUGCUGAUGGGAAGCCAAGGCAGCAUGUCGGUCACAGACGUCCUCAUAGCCUUUGUUCUUUCCUGCCUGCUAAUGGCUGUCAUCAGAUCUUUCUGGCAGCAGAUUCCCCCAGGACUGAAGAGACUCCCGGGGCCAAGGGGAUACCCUCUGAUCGGCAACAUCCUGGACCUGGGGAAGAACCCCCAUCAGACGUUGACAUGGAUGAGCCAGAAGUACGGGGAUGUGAUGCAAAUCCAUCUUGGCACAAGACCAGUGGUGGUCCUGAGUGGGUUGGACACCAUCAAGCAAGCCUUGAUUAAGCAAGGAGAAGACUUCGCAGGACGCCCUGAUCUCUACAGCUUCCAGUUCAUUGGUGAUGGCCAGAGUUUGACCUUCAGUCGGCAAUCUGCGGAUGUAUGGCGAGCCCGUAGAAAGCUAGCCCACAAUGCACUGAAGUCCUUCUCAAUUUCAGCCAGCCCUACAUCGUCUGCUUGUCUGCUGGAGGAGCAUGUCUCCAAAGAAGCAGACUACCUUGUAACAAAGUUCCAGGAUGUGAUGAAGGAAAAGAAGAGCAUUGAACCGUACCGGUACCUGGUGGUCUCCGUGGUCAACGUCAUCUGUGCCAUGUGUUUCGGUAAGCGCUACAACCAUGAAGACCAGGAGCUGCUCAGUAUGGUGAACAUGAACAAUGAGUUUGGGGAAGCAGCUGCUUCUGGGAACCCAGCUGACUUUAUCCCUGUCCUCCAGUACCUGCCCAGCCGCACCAUGAAGGUCUUCAAGGAUCUCAAUCGGCGGUUCAAUGCUCUUGUGCAGCAGAUAGUUAAGGAUCACUACAUGAGCUUUGACAAGAACAACAUCCGAGACAUUACCGACUCCCUAAUUGACCACUGCCAGGAUAAGGAAGUCGAUGCGAAUGCCAACAUCCAGCCCUUGGAUCAAAGGAUUAUCAAUAUUGUCCUUGAUAUUUUUGGAGCUGGGUUUGACACGGUGACCACCUCUCUGUCCUGGUGCCUCGUGUAUCUGGUGACUUACCCAGAAGUCCAGAAGAAGAUUCAGGAAGAAAUAGACCAAACUAUUGGCCAGGAGAGGAAGCCCAGGCUUUCGGACCGUUCCAUGUUGUACUACACCGAAGCUUUUAUCAUGGAGAUGUUCAGGCACACCUCCUUUGUGCCUUUCACAAUUCCUCACUGCACUAACAGGGACACAGCAUUGAAAGGCUUCUUCAUCCCUCGAGAUACCUGUGUGUUUGUCAACCAAUGGCAGGUCAACCACGAUCCGAGGAUUUGGAAGGACCCUUCUAUUUUCCUCCCAGAACGGUUUCUUGCUGAGGACGGGGCUGGCAUAAACCGGGUUGAGACCGAAAAGGUUCUGUUGUUUGGUUUGGGCAAGCGGAGGUGUUUGGGAGAGAAUAUUGGCAAAGGGGAGGUCUUCCUGUUCCUGACCACCCUGGUUCAGCAGCUGGAAUUCAGUCUGUGCAGCGGAGAGACGGUGGACAUGACUCCUCAGUAUGGACUCACGAUGAAAUGCAAGAUGUGUGAGCACUUCCAGGUCAAACCACGUUUCCAAUCAGUGACACCUGGAGCAACCACAAGAGGACACUGAGCCAGGAAAGAAAGGGUUGGGUGGGUGGCAGUUUUCACAAUUCUCUUUAGCGUGAGUGGAUCAGCCAGCCAGGCUAAGCUCCGGCAUAAUCCAUUUUCAGUAAAGGCAGACGAAAUGCAGCCAAGAAGACUGUAAAGGAAACUGAGGAGCUGGGGGUGGGUGGCAGACACUAUUGUGAAAAGCAGGCCGUGAAAUGUGGGCAUUAUAGCAACCCACAAAGUCAUUUUGCUUUUAGAUGACUUGAAGUCAAGCCAUGGAAGAUGUUUUGCUGAUUUGCCUGUGUGAAUAAUACUGUGAUCACUUUGGUCACGUGAUAAAGAAUUUAUCACGUGAAUGGCUGGUCUCGCACGGAGACAGUUGCUGAGGCCACCAGCCAUGCCUUUGAUUUAACUGCCAGCGGAGUUGAGGACCAAAUACUUGACUCCAUAAGUGCCAGCCUCUAGCUUGGAAGCUCUGUGGGGCAGGGAUUCUGUGUAAGAUCUACAUGUUUGGAAAUAUAUAUAUGAAUAAAUGGCUUUAUAUGAGAUCGGAGGUUUGCAAUUAUAUUUGGCUGGUCAGGUUGUGGGAAACCCAGAGGGGAUAAUUUUAAAGGGGUAAAAAGCAACUGGGGAAAAAGUACCAAAGUCUAUUUCCCUUUCUAAUUGAUAUACUGGAAUUAACCCCCCUCCCACUCAACUACAGAUACAGCUUCCCCUUAAACACUUCCCCAUUUCAAUGAGGUUUCCUCAAGAAUGUCUUUGCUGACUGUAUUCUGUAUCCUGACACCUGUCUAGACCAGUGGUUCCCAAUUGGUGGUCUGCAGACCCCAGGGGGUCCGCGUAACCCACCUAGGGGGUCUGUGGCACCAUUCACAUAUUAGCUCUGCAAGGUCCGCAUUUUAAUAAAAGAAAAUAUGCCUCGAUGGUAACGUCAUGCACGAAAGCACCUGCGUGAUUUAGCAACUAGCUUCAGAGAUUACUUCCCUGCACCUAAUCCUGAAAAUUCAUGGAGACGGAAUCCUUUUGAAUGUGGUGAUAUACAACUAAAAACUCUCUCUGCGGAAGAGCGAGAUGUACUUGUUGAUGUCACUUGUAAUGGUUCAUUGAAAUCAUUUUUCAAAGAAUAUAGACUGGACCAAUUCUGGGCGAAGGUUUUUCCUGAUCAUAAGAAGUUAGAUGAAAAAGCUUUGAAACAUCUAGUUCCCUUUUGUUCCACAUAUCUUUAUGAACAAACGUUUUCAACAUUUUGUUAUAUGAAGAACAAGCAUAGAAAUCGGCUCGAUGUUGAUCCAGAUUUGAGAUU